AUGGAGAGCACCCUCCGACAAGUCUACCGCUUUGCCAUCCCGGCCGUAGGCCUCGCAGCGCUGGCACAGGCCUCCAUCUACGACGUGCGCGGCGGCACGCGGGCCGUCAUCUUCGACAGGGUGCAGGGUGUCAAGGAGACCGUCGUCAACGAGGGUACCCACUUCCUCGUCCCCUGGCUGCAGCGCAGCAUCAUCUUCGACGUCCGCACCAAACCCCGCAAUAUCGCUACCACCACCGGAAGCAAGGACUUGCAGAUGGUCAGCUUGACCUUGAGGGUCCUGCACCGCCCGGAUGUCAAGUCGUUGCCUAAGAUUUACCAGAAUCUCGGCACAGACUACGACGAGCGCGUCCUCCCCUCCAUCGGCAACGAGGUCCUCAAGUCCAUCGUCGCGCAAUUCGACGCCGCCGAGCUAAUCACUCAACGUGAAGCCGUGUCUCGGCGCAUCCGCGCGGACCUCAUGAAGCGCGCGGCCGAAUUCAACAUCGCGCUCGAGGACGUCUCAAUCACGCACAUGACGUUCGGGCGGGAGUUCACGCGGGCGGUGGAGCAGAAGCAGAUCGCGCAGCAGGACGCCGAGCGCGCGCGCUUCAUCGUCGAGAAGGCCGAGCAGGAGCGCCAGGCCAACGUCAUCCGCGCCGAGGGCGAGGCCGAGAGCGCAGAGACCAUCUCCCGCGCCAUCGCCAAGAACGGCGACGGCCUCAUCAUGAUCCGCAAGAUCGAGGCCAGCCGCGAGAUCGCACAGACCCUCGCCUCCAACCCCAACGUCUCCUACAUACCCGGCGGCGGCAAAUCGGGAAACGGCGGUAGCAGCCAAUUGUUACUAUCGGUUGGUCGGUAG